AAAAGUUCAAUUCUUUUUAAAACUGGUUUGACAAGUUUCAGUUUGUUUGAGUCUAAAAAUAGACACCAUGGCACUAUUAUUAGAAAGGAGGUUCUGUUUAUAAGCAAAAGGUUUUUGAUUGCAGUUUAUAAAGCAUUGGUCAAAGGUUGAGUGGAGUUUGAGAAUCCAAGACAAGCCUCAGGAAUCAGGAUGAAUGGAAUUAAAUGUAUGAAGACAACCUUUGCAAUAUGCAAUAUACUAUUCUUUAUAAUGGGCAUAGCUGCAAUGUGUAUUGGGAUAUACUUGAAAGUGUCGAGAUCAGAUUUCGUUGAGAUCCUCCAGAGUAAAGAAUUUGAGACAUCCUCAGCAUUGUUGAUAUCUGCUGGUAUCAUUGUAAUAGUUGUGGCCCUUGUCGGCUUUAUAGGAGCAUGGAUGAACAACCAAUGUAUGCUGGGACUGUAUUUUAUUUUCGUAAUUGUUAUUUUUGCCAUGGAAUUAGCUGCAGGAAUAAUAGCUUUCAUAUACAGAAAAGAUAUUGAAGUAGUUAUUAGGAGAGAGUUAUUAGAAGGUGUCAAGAAAGAUGAAACAAGAAGUGCAUGGGACAAACUACAAGAAAAGUACUUAUGUUGUGGAGUAAACAAUUACACUGACUGGUAUGGAGUAUAUGAUAUCCAUAAUUACAACACUUUACCUGACUCAUGUUGUGGUUACACAGGAUGUGGCCAAUCUGGUGGUGUGGUGGCAUAUCGUAUUAGUUGUUAUGAAGAUGCCAAAGAAUGGAUUAUAGACAAUUUCUACCUGAUUGGAGCUGCAGGAGUAGCUAUAGGUGUACUUCAGUUAUUACUUGUGAUUGUCUCCCUUGCCCUGAUAUGCUUUAUACGAAAGGAAAAGAGUUAUAAGGAUUACAGAAGACGUUCUGCUGGAAACUUUGGUAGUGGAAUUCAAAAGUUAUGAGAUUGGAAAAUUUUGAACCCUAUAUAUAUUACAGAGUGUACUUUUAAUUUAUAAUAUGCAUGAGUGGGAUGAAACAAAUCUUUGAAACGAGUGAAAACAGUAAAUUAUCAAACAGAAAGUAGUGUGAUGUUUAUAUCAUUGCAGAAGGAUGACUACAUAGAUACAAAUGGAAACUUAGAAAGUUUAUGUACAUUUAUUAUAUACCGAUAGAUCCUUCAAAACAGGACACAAAUGCAAGUUUUAUUACCAGUAUUGAAUUGGGUUACAUCCAAUUGUUAAAAUAAGAAUUUAAAAUGCAAGUUUUGUAGAUAAAAAUUAAUUAUGUAGCAUUUUCUGUAUAAUAAAAACUUGUGGAUUUUUUUCCUCAAUUAUUGGUAAUUCAAACCUUUUUCAAACCAGAUUCAAACCAGAUUUCUAUGGUAAUUGAAAAUUUUCAAGAUCUUGCUUUAACAAAUACAUGCUAUGAAUUUUUAAUGUAUUGAAUUUAUUUAUGACAUGCUUCCAUUUUUGAAACAUGCUCAAACUAAAAAGUCUCACUUUAUUUCUAGCCCUAUUAGUUAACCAAAGAAACAAUAAAACAGAUGUUAAGGAGAAAAAUUGUUUCUAGAUAUAUAAUAUGGUACAAGUUUGCAUGUGUUGCAUGCACAAGGCACAAGAAAAGGUGGAUUUUGUCUUAUUGACAUAUUAUGCCACAACUAUCUCUAUUUUUUAGAUUGGAAAGAAUAUGGCAAAGCAAUGUUAAGUUUGAAUAAAAAAAAUGCCAUUCUUGCCAUCAUUUCAUGUUCAGAUUUCUAAAUAAAAUUGAGAAUGGAAAUACGGAAUGUGUCAAAGCGACAACAACCCGAUCAUAGUACAGACAACAGCUGAAGGCUAUCAAUGGGUUUCAAAACUGCUUGUUACUAAACAAUAUUGCACUUUAAAAUAUAUCACUGAUAUAUUCAAUUGAUUUGAGUUUUUGUGGCAAUUUAAAAAUUAAUUUCAUGCCUUUAUAAUAUAUAGUAAGCAAGUUUAGAACCUGACGUUUUCAAGACUUAUAAAGAAUACUUGACAAUACAUAGACAGGUUAUAUUUCAUUUUUAUCUCAUCUUCUAUGAAUCAAAUUUUGUCAGACACUUAAAAUUAAACACCUACUACAAUCAUGACAAUACAUGUAGGUCUGGUAUUGAUAUGUUAAAAGUGUAUUUAUUCUUGAUGUGAAAAUUGUGAUAUUUAUAUAUUUUUGUAUUAUAUUUUUCCCCAAGUAUCAAUUUAAUUUGUACAUGUAUUUUGAUUUUAUAU